GCGGCUCUAUUUAAAGCGGCAACAACAUGGCACGCGGGCUUGUCAGACGAGAGUCGGUGGAAACGGAGAUGCGCAAAUCCGAAGACAAGGGGAAGACGUUCGUUUACACCAAGAAGAAGGGCUACGAUGUCACCAGAAACCCCCACCUCAACAAGGAAAUGGCUUUCUCCCUGGAGGAACGUCUCCAGCUGGGGAUCCACGGCCUGGUGCCGCCCUGCUUCGUCAGCCAGGACGUCCAGCUGCUCAGAGUCCUCAAAAACUACGACAUGAAAAAGGACGACCUGGACAGGUACGUGUUCCUGAUCGGGCUCAUGGACCGGAACGAGAAGCUCUUCUACCGACUCAUAACAUCGGAUGUGGAGAGGUUCAUGCCUAUUAUUUACACUCCCACUGUGGGCCUGGCCUGCCAGCAGUAUGGCCUCAUCUUUAGAAGACCAAGGGGGCUUUUCAUCACUGUUCACGACCGAGGGCACAUUGCUUCAAUUCUCCAAAACUGGCCAGAAAAGGACAUAAAGGCUGUUUGUGUGACGGACGGAGAGAGGAUCCUGGGACUGGGAGAUCUGGGUUGCCAUGGCAUGGGCAUCCCAGUGGGGAAGCUGGCCCUCUACACGGCCUGUGGGGGAAUGCCUCCCCAGCAGUGCCUGCCCGUCACGCUGGACGUCGGCACAGACAACGAGGCACUACUGAAGGACCCCCUCUACAUUGGGCUGAGGCAUAAGAGAGUCCGAGGCCAGGCCUACGAUGACCUGAUCGAUGAAUUUAUGAAAGCUGUUUCGGACAGGUAUGGCAUGGACUGUCUGAUUCAGUUUGAGGACUUUGCAAACAUCAACGCUUUUCGACUGCUGAGCAAGUACCGCAACAAAUACUGCACAUUCAACGAUGACAUCCAAGGCACAGCAGCGGUAGCAGUAGCGGGACUCCUCGCCGCCCUCCGCGUCACCAGAAGCAAAAUGAGCAACCACACCAUUGUGUUCCAAGGGGCAGGAGAGGCAGCGAUGGGAAUUGCCGAGCUCAUCUCCAUGGCUAUGGAGAAGGAGGGACUUGGCAAAGAAGAGAGCUUGAAAAAAAUCUGGAUGGUUGACUCAAAGGGACUCAUCGUAAAGGGCCGGGACAACCUGACCCAUGAGAAGGAGCGAUUCGCCCAUGAUCAUCCUCAGAUGAGAAACCUGGAGGAUGUGGUCAGGGAUCUGAAACCCACAGCUAUCAUUGGUGCUGCCGCUGUUGCCGGAGCUUUCUCUGAGCGGAUCAUCAGGGACAUGGCUUCCUUCAAUGAACGACCAAUCAUCUUCGCCCUCAGCAAUCCAACAAGCAAAGCCGAGUGUACUGCUGAGCAAUGCUACACAUUCACAGAGGGGCGUGGCAUCUUCGCCAGCGGCAGUCCGUUUGACGCCGUCACCCUGCCUGAUGGGAGGACAUUCUAUCCCGGUCAGGGCAACAACGCCUACAUCUUCCCGGGCGUGGGCCUGGGCGUCACCGCGUGUGCCUUGCGACAUAUCACUGAGGAUGUCUUCCUGACUGCUGCAGAGGCGCUUGCUGACCAGGUGACUGACAAGGAUCUCGCCGAGGGAAGACUCUAUCCUCCUCUCAGCUCCAUCAGGGAGGUUUCUCUUAAACUGGCUGCUAAGAUCAUGGAUUACGCUUACCACCACAAAAUGGCCACUCUUCGCCCCGAGCCGUCCGACAAAGAAGCGCACGUUCGCUCGAUCUGCUAUAGCACCGACUACGACGACUUCGCCUUUGACUCGUACCAGUGGCCAGAGGACUGCAUAGCUGUGCAGUCGUGCAAACUUUGAUGUUCUGCACACAGAAACCAAAACACAACAACAAAUAAAAGCCCUUAAAAUUGAUUAUUACCACUGACGUGCAAUGUUAUCCAAGGAUCGAGAGCUGGGAUGUAAAAGACGUAUGUAUAUGGCAAGCCGUUUUAACAUAAAUUCGGUUUUACCGCCCUUACAUUCCAGAUAUCUCAAAUUGUUUUAUGACUACACCUUUUAGUGAUUUGAGAUAUCUCUAAUUACAUUCUGACUAGUCGAAAUGACAUCAGAUUCACCAUAGAGUUGUAUGGAAACUUCAGUUCAAAAUAUCUACAAUGAAUUAUUGACUAUCUGAAAUACACAUUUCAGAUGUCUACAAUAAAAUUAUGACUAGUCAAAAAGUAAAGUCAAGAUAUCUCGAUUUUAGUUUUGACCAGUCAUAAUUCUAAUUAAAUAUAUCUCUGACUCCAAAAUUCUUAAAUGUAUUUUUGGAUAGGAGAUAUGUAAAUUUGACUAGUGAAACCUAAAUUAUGGAUAUCUUAAAAGGAAAUAAUGACUAGACAAAACUAAAUUAGAGAUGUCUUGAAUUGUAAUUUUGACUAGUCAAAAUUCCUUUUAAGAUAUCUCUAAAUGAAUCUUGAAUUACACAGCUUUUCUAUUUAAGAUAUCUUAAAUUAGCAUUCUGACUAGUCAGAAUGACAUUACUGAUAUCUUGAAUAUGUAUUCUGUACAGUCAAAACGUCCCUGACUUCCGUGGCAAUUUGAAAGUUUAAUAAAACAAUGAAAAAUAGAAAAAACGAAAAAAGAUGUUUGAAAAUGCACAACUUUCAGGUUGAAAAUGGUUUGACAGUUUCAAAUCUCUUUUUCAGUGCAUUCAGUUUGUGAAUGAAUAAACAGGAAAUUAUUUGCAGAUUACUGAAGCAGUUUUAAAGUCCAUGAAGUUUUUGCGUUCUCCAAACAUUGCUGAGCUCUUUCUACAUUGUGGCAUUUACUGUCAAUUUUGUGCAGGCAACUGUUUGGACAGCAGAAAGGGGCUUCCACACAUUCAGAUAUCUAAAAAUGUAAUUUUGACUAGUCAUAAUUACGUUCAAGAUAUCUUAAAUUGUAAUUACGGAUGUGUGACCCUUCCAAUGACGAAUCCGGUGACGUCAUUUGAGAUAUCUUGAAAGGAAUUUUGACUCGUCAAAAUUUAAUUGAAGAUGCCUCGAAUUAUUAUUCUUACUAGUCAGAAUGUAAAUGCAGAUAUCUUAAAUUACCAUUACGGAUAGUCAAAAUGCAUUUUUAGAUAUCUGGAAUGUAAUUACGGAUGGUCAGACCGAAUUUAUGUUAAAACUGCUUGCCAUAGUAUGCAAACCUUAUAUUAAUGUACUUUAAAUUAACCAAAGACAACUUGAGCAUUAUUGGUUUGCACUAUGAAAUAUUGCACCAGUUGCUGUCACCACUUUGUUUUACAUAGAGAGGGAUGUUUAUGGCUUAACUUUUUAAUUGUACUGUAAUAGUUAUUUUAUGACUGUGUUGGCUAAAAUCCAGACACUUUGCCAAAUAAAAAAAAUAAAAGUUUUUGAUUAAA